AUGAAUUCUAACAAUAACACCUACAAAAAAAAGAUGUUCUUGCGUUUGUAUGAAAAAAAAACAUUUCUAAAUCAAAAAGAUAAAACUAAAUUAUAUACAAUUAAAAAACCUAUUAAAAUUGCUUCUGUUCUGAACACUGUUAAUAAUGAGGUGAAACAAUAUUCAACCACAAACAAUACUAGAAUAAAUGAUAAACAAGAUGAUUUUGAUAAAAAUCAGGAAUUAAAGGAAGAAUGUCAAAUCCCAGAACUAUCAAAAAUAAAUAGCUUCAACACCAGAUACCAACUAAAUUUUAAAAACUAUAUUCAAGAACUGCAUAAUGCAUUGAUAGAAGAGUGCAAUUAUAAUUUAUUAAAUCUGAAUUCAUUAAACCUAACAUUAGAUUUUGAAUCGUUGACGAGUGUCACUAAUCAAACUUUGAAAGCUAUAAAGGAUCAAAAAAUAUUUUCGGUAUUAGGAUAUUUUCCAAUGAUUUCUUUAGAACUGAAAAACCGAGGUUGGGUAGAAAAACGAGACCCGGACAGACCACCAAUAAAUUAUUCGCAUUAUUUAAAAUCAGCACCAUACAUGGUCAAUUGGAUUGAAUCAUCUCCGCUAAUACCGUCAAUUAAUAAAAAUGAUGUCGUCAUGGAGCGUCUGAAAACCAUGCAAUCGUGGAAUAUUCUUAAGAAUAAAAAAUCUGAUUUUAUUUUCGUUACUAGAAAACAGUUAAUUAAUUGGUCAACUUUAAGUAAAUUUACAACCGUUAGUCAGAUGCCAAGACAUAUAUUUUGCACCAAAGACGGAUUAGCACAAUGCUUGGAAUAUUACAAAAAUUCUAAGACAAAUUUGAUGUUUCCGAGAUGUCAUUACAAUAGAUCGAAAGUAGAUAUUGAAGCAUUUGUGGAAGAUUACAUUACAACAGCAUUAGUAAGUACACUGAAGAUUAUUGUACAAGCUAUUGAGAAUAAUAAGAUGAUUUUCACAGCAAAUGGCAAUAUACCAUACACUAUUAUUGAUUUUGUGAAACUUUGUAUAUUCAAAUUUUUGAAUAAACAAAAAACUUGUAAUACAGAAACAGAUAUAUGGAAGUUUAAAAAUCAAAAAAAAGUAUGGAAUGAAUUUAUGAUUUAUUACUCAAAACUGAUUAUCGAUACCAAUGCCAAAUUUGACAGCGAGUAUACAUAUGAAUUAGAAUUAGAUGUUUACGCCAAAUGUAAAUAUUUACUCGAAGAAGUAAAAAAAUAUUGUCCACAACACUUUAUAGACGGGAUUACCAAUACAUGGAUUAUAAAACCCACAUCAAAUUGUUCUGGUCACGGAAUUAUGUUAUCUAGAGACUUGCACGCCAUAAAACAAAAAAUUAAUGUAACAAAUGUCUUUAGAAAUAAAUAUAUUUUACAGAAAUAUAUAGAAAGACCACUCUUGGUGUAUACAUGUAAGAUUGACUUGAGACAAUGGUUUUUAGUGACCAAUAUGAAUCCAGUAGUCGUGUGGAUGUACAAAGAGGGUUACGUACGAUUUUGUGCAAAUAGUUUCUCCAUGAAUAAAAUGGACGAAUCCAUUCAUCUUAGCAAUGUCAGACUGCAAAUGAAAUAUCGAAAAAUUAGGAAUCCACAAGUACCGGAAGAGUGUAUGUGGAAUUACAGAGACCUACAAAGCCAUUUGAGAAAAAUUGGACAAGAAUACGUGUGGGACGAAUUGAUAUUUCCUGGAAUGAGCGAGAGUAUAUACGCUGUAUUAAAUGCCGCUACGGACACUACGAAUUACCGUGACAAAACUUUUCAAUUGUUCGGAGCCGAUUUCUUGAUAACGGAAAACUUUAUUCCGUAUUUGAUCGAGAUUAAUUCCACUCCUGGACUAAAUCCGUCAACGAGCGUUAUUGCCAACUUGACUCCCAUGCUCCUUAAUGAUAUCGUGAAAGUAACGGUGGAUUACGAUAAAAACUCAAACGCCGACACGGGGCUGUUUGUAAAGGUUGUGCCGGAAAUGUGGAAACCAGCCGCUGCAGUUGUAGUGAAUAACCGUUGUACCUUCGACUCGUCCGUGGUCUUUGCCGUGGGACCAGCAGAACUGACGACCGGUUACAAUCGGCGGAUGGCCAACGUGCAAAAGAAUCUGGCCGAAAUGCGACAACAGAUGAUCGCCCGGAAGAUUAAACGAGAUGCACAACGUUACGUCGGUGUAAACCGCGAACUUUUAUUGGGUACCAGGGACUUAAUAUAA